CCGGCGACCUCCUGAGCGGCGCAGCACGGACGUCUGCGGACCAGUCCGCACCGGCCUGCACGCACAGAUGGAGAUGACGGCAGCAAGCCCGGCAGCGAACACCAGCGGAGCGGAGCCCGCCAUCGAGUACUGCGGCGCCGGCGUGGCCGCCUUCAGCGUGGCGUACCGCCAGCUACACGGGUACCUGGCGCUCGGCGUCUGCCUCUUCGGCCUCACCACCAACAUCCUCAGCAUCGUGGUGCUGACGCGCAAGACCAUGGCAUCACCGACCAACGCCAUCCUGGCCGGUCUGGCCAUCGCCGACAUCAUGGUCAUGGUCAUGUACGUGCCGUUCACGCUGCACUACUACAUCCAGGCGUUCGGCGCGUCCAGCCUGACCUACGGGUGGGCUGUGUUCAUGCUGACUUACGUGCAUGUGACACAGGUAUUCCACACCGUCUCCAUCUGGCUGACGGUGGUGCUGGCCGUGUGGCGGUACUUGGCGAUCGGACACCCGUCGCUGAACCGCGAGUGGUGCUCUAUGAAGAACACGUCUGUGGCUAUCGUGUCCGCUUACAUUUUCUGCCCGAUUCUCUGCAUCCCGUCCUUUCUCACCUUCGCCAUCACGCCGAUCGACAACUCCACCGGCCGCUUCCUGGUUGACUUCAGUGACCUCAGCAAGCAGAGCAAUAAGCUCCUGGAGAAGCUCAACUUCUGGGUGUACAGCGUGCACGUCAAGCUGCUGCCCUGCGUCAUCCUGACUAUCUUCAGCUGCUGCCUUAUCUGGGAGCUAUUGAAGGUCAAGAAGAGGAAAUCAGAGCUGCUUCACCGGGCGACCGCCGGCAACAGCAAGCUCUCGUGCGCCGAGCGGCACACAGUGCGCACCACACGCAUGCUGUUAGCCAUCCUGCUACUCUUUCUGUUGACCGAGUUCCCCCAGGGCAUCCUGUCGCUAUUGUCCGGUAUUCUGGGUGAGCAGUUCCUGGACCAAUGCUACAACAAGAUGGGUGAUCUGAUGGAUAUCCUGGCACUCAUCAACUCAGCCAUAAACUUCAUCUUCUACUGUUCCAUGUCCACCCAGUUCCGCUCCACGUUUCAGCAGCUGUUUCUCUCCUUCGAGUGGAUGCCGCGACCGUUCAAGAUGGGCAUUGCCUCGGAUGGAACGGACUGCACCCGGGUCUAGGACCGGGAUGACAAUGCAGGGAAAUAACAGCACUAGACUCUGAGACAGCGACCAGCUGACUGCACCCGAGUCUGCGACCUGGAUAACUAGCGGGGAGAGCGAGAAGGGAGCUCUCGCACUUCUCUCGCGGACUGCGACAUCCCUCAAAGCAAUGUUGUCGUGCCACACAACCAUAUUGGCAUGGUUGACAGGCAGGGAUUUGUGACGUAUCUCGUUAUGGGGAAGGAAGUUUCCUCAAGGAAGAUUUGUAUGUACUUUUUCGUAGCUAUUUGCACGCCUCAGUGUGUUGAAUGUGUCAUCAGGGAAUUGCACGGCAUCGGCCAAAUGUUGUGAGACACAGUUUUAAAGAGCGAAUCUAAAUGAUCAAACUCCACAGAUGAUUAUCAAGAGGCAAGACUUUUGGUUUUGCCAGUUAGACGAGCACUUUUUGGAACGUCUUUCGCCAGCAGACGUAUUGGUCCCUUCAACCCACUUUUAUCUUAAAUAUUUCUAAGUAAUAAAUAUAUUUAGUACUUCUACGCACUCAUGGAUACUGAGCCGCUUUCAGACACACGAGCUCAGAAAUACUUGACGUUAAAUAUACAUAGAUAUUGAGCGGCUUUCAGUUACAAAUGGUGAGAAAUACUUGGAGUCAGAUAUACGUAGAUAUUGAGCGGCCUCCAGUUACAUGUGGCGAGAAAUAGUUGGAGUCAGAUAAACAUAGGCAUUGAGCGGCUUUCAGUGACAUGAUGUCAGAAAUACUGGCCGUCAGAUAUACCAGUCACCUUUUAUAAGUGAAGACGACUGUCUUGUUAAAUACAUACUAUUUGCACGGAUUUCCCACAAUUGUAUUGCACAAAUGGGUAACACCUCUUGAAUCAGUGGCAUGGCCGUGCUUGGCAGUCAGCUUAAAAUGGACGAACCAAAGCUACUUCAGAUUAUUACACCACGAAUUUCAAUUUCUUUAUCUCUGCCUGCUCUCGUUUCUUGCCGGAAGGAGUGUGGUCAAAAGGGCUUCGGUUCUGCGUGAGUUUUGACUUGAAGAUUUGCAAGUGCCUGUUGUACAGGGGUUUUGCACUAUAUGUUAGGUGGUCUGGAAACUUCAAAUUCAGUGUCUUUCUGGUUCUUUUCGAUACGUUGGUGUGACAUUGGUUUACAAUCGUGUGUAUAGAGAGAUUCGUGUCCGUAGCCGUGCAUUAAGCAUAUACUUUCAUUUUAUUUUCGCAAGAUGGUGUACCUGUCUUCGCUUGUAUUGGUUACAAAGACAUGCCUUGUGACCGUAAACUAGGGCAUGGGAUGGUGUUUGUGCUAACAGUCAGAGUUUUCUGGCAGUUAUCAAUGUGAUACGUGGCCAGCGACGUCUCUGAUUAUGAGCUUACUGUACGUUCUCAGUGAACGAUCGCUUUAGCGCGUUUCUGACCAGAGACUAGUUCAGAAGUCAAUAAGUCAAG